AACAGCGAGAUACACUGCGCAGACUCCAGUCAUCCAGGUUUUGGAUGAGUCAAAAUGGCGCCCGUCGGUCAAAGAAUCGGAAAUGGCGAGCAAAAUAAUGGAGAGGAAGGACAGCAAAACCUAUGGUAUUCCAUCCUAGGGGAAGUUUCAACACAUUCAAGUUCAAAAUUACCAGCAAACAAAUCUAUACUUGUGCUUGGUGAUGAUGAAUCUGGGAAGACUUCUAUGGUUGCACGUCUUCAGGGGAAUGAAGAUCCUAAGAAGGGUUCUGGGUUGGAGUAUACAUAUCUGGAUGUAAGAGAUGAGGAUAGAGAUGAUAUUGCAAGAUGUGGUGUCUGGCUUCUUGACGGGGAUGAUGACCACUCUCGCCUUCUACAGUUUGCCCUUACAGCUGACAAUAUAGAAGACACAUUGGUAAUACUGGUGGUAGAUAUGUCCCAGCCUUGGAAUGUUAAAGCCUCCCUAGACAAAUGGUCCCGAGCACUAAGUGUCCACAUCAGCCGAUUAAAUAUUGCACCACAGAAAAUGCGAGAUUUGGAACAAAAAUUGAUUCAACAGUUUCAGACUUAUGUGGAACCAGAUAGCACUCAAGAAACGUCAGGAAAGAAGAGCACCACAGUUGUCACUCCCAAUGAGGAAGAGCAGGUUCUACUGCCACUUGGAGAGACUACAUUAACACAUAAUUUAGGAGUCCCUGUCAUUGUAGUAUGUACUAAGUCUGAUGCUGUGUCAAGUCUAGAAAAAGACUUUGAUUAUAAGAUCGAACAUUUUGAUUACAUCCAACAGUUCAUCAGGAAGUUCUGUUUAAACUAUGGUGCCGCUUUAUUCUACAUAUCUGUUAAAGAAGAGAAGAACUGUGGAUUACUCAAGAAAUAUCUCCUUCACAGGAUAUACAACUUUCCAUUCAAUACUCCGCCCUUAGUUGUCGAGAAGGAGGCCCUCUUUAUCCCAUUAGGUUGGGAUACUUUGAAAAAGAUCAGCAUUUGCUAUGAGAAUAUGAUGAACAUCAAACCAGAUGAUCCAUUUGAAGAUGUGCUCAUUAAACCCCCAGUCAGUAGGAAGGGAAUUCAAGAUUGUCGGGAAACUGUUGCGGAAGAUGAACAACUGUUUCUGAUGAGACAGCAGAAUAUGUUGAGCAAGAAUAUUUCACAAGGAAAAGCAGCUGAAUCACCACAGCGGCCAAGCAAGACGUCGGCUUCACCAGCUGCUGUAACACCAGGAAGUGCAAGCAAAGCAAAAAUCGAUCCAAGUAAAGCUGGUGGCACACCUAAUGAGGGCGUUUUAGCGAACUUCUUCAACAGUUUACUAAGUAAAAAAACAGGAACAGGAUCGCCACAAUCCAAAGCAGGAGAUAAGGCUGUUCGGAGUGAUGCGAAAGCAGAAUUAGAUCGAAUGACAAAAGGAAAACCGGUGCCAAGCCAAGCAAGCUCAACUGGUAGCGCCUCAUGAGUUUGUUCAAUCAUUCUAACUUGUUCUAAAUAUAAAUGUAUACAACUCCUUGCAUCGUGACAGCCAUAGUGACCACAUACUACAUGGCCAUUUUGCAGAGACGACCUGAUAUGUUUUGAAGUAAUGUGUGCAAUUGACAGAAGGGGAAGCACUCGGUCGGUAAAACUACAAGUACUUACUCAUCCCCUUUCAUUUAUUGUUUCAAUAGAUGUUGUUGGUUUUAUGUCUGCUGUUGUGGGAAGCAGAAUUAUCACAAGCAAUAUGCCAGACCCACCCACCACUAAAUUUUUCAGAGAUUUUAUAAUUCAUUAAUAUAAAACUUAUUACAUUUUAAAAAUAGAAUCAAGUUAAAAUGAAAAUAUGCUUUUUCUGAAUGAUUUGGCAACAAGGUAUGCUUGGUUUUUAGCACUUCCUUCAUACCAGUAAGUUUUAUCUGCAAGGGGUGCUCUGCUGGUCAACUAAGCUUCUGUUGUGGUCUUUAAUAUAAGUAUAUAAUAUAUGAAUAUAGAUAUAGAUCCAUCUGCGGCACAACAUAAAUGAAUAUUAGUUCUUAAUUUUUGGAACAUGAAAUUUUAAUACCAAUAAUUGAGACACCGUGUGUGUUUUAGAUGACUACUACAAGAAAGUAUAUCAGCUGUCUGUAAAGUAUCAGAAUGAACAAUUAAUUACAGACAAUAGUAACUGAUGGAGCGAGUUAUGGAGAGGUCAGAAAGCCAGUUAGUAGAGUAAAUGUAUAGACAUUAAAGAAGCCACAUCUCUGUUUGAUACAAUAUUUAAGUUUUAUGUUUAGGAAUCUAUUUAGGUUCAAAAUGCUGGUGGCAAUGAAGGUGGGAUUUAAAGGUGGAUUAUACAAGUAUUGUAUAGCAGGGUGGAAAGGUGUAUCUAUAUAUUAUGUAUAUCUCUGGCUGUGUCUAGUCCAUGUGAGUAAAAGUGCUAUUUCAAUUCCGAUAUCAAGACAUUCAAAGAAUGAAAAACACAUUCAAUCACUCCUGCCACUUGGAUUCACCACAAAACUCUUCAUGGUCUAAUGGUUAUGGCAUUUACCAUGUAUGCGAAAGGUCUAGUUCAAGUCCCAGUGGAGGUUGAUUUGGGGUUUUUUUCCAUUCUUUAUUAGAUGUUUUAAUAAUAUUUAUUUGUUUCAUUAUCUGGCUUGUUGUGUCUGGGUGUUUACCCAUAUGCCUACAUAUAAUAAAAGUAUUUCUUUUGAGAUUAUAAAUCUAUAGAGCAUGCCCAUAAUGAUUUGCCUAUUUGUACUUACCGAUAUUUCCUAUUAUUUUGAUCUAAAAACCAACAGCAGUUCAUUGUCAAUUGUGUUUAAAAACUCUGAUAUAGAUAAAAAAUGGGACAUUUAAAAAUCAACAAAAUACAGUUAUUGCUAAAUUCAAGUGAAGCAGGCUUAAAAUGCAUCUUAAGAAAAGAGAGCUAGAAAAAUAAUGAAAUGUCAAUAUUAUUAGUUGUAGAUUUUUUUAAGGUUCGAGAGAUAACUUAAAUGCUACUUGGAUAUAGGCUGUGAUUGCAUGAAUGGAGUAGAAUGCCUAAGAGAUGAGGUAUUAUUUUAGAUAUUUUACAAAUACAACAUGGUUUGAGGGAAAUUAACGUAUUCUACAUCCCGGGAAGUUAGACAAUUGGGACUAACUGCUGAUGCAACGCAGAGGAAGGUAUUAUUUCCAGUCAUUCCACACCGAUGAUAUACAGUACCCUAUAAAUAUUUUACCAAGAAGGUCUUGAUGUUAAAUAGACAUUUUGGAAAGAUAGUAGUACAUCCCUAAGUUGUUGAGAACUGUAGUAACGGAUUGUGUAGUACUUUUUCCUACUUUCUACAUCUGCAAAUAUAUUAUAUGACACAUGUGAGGUAGUAAGUAAAUUACUGUAUUGAGUACCAAGUGAAAUUGACCAAUAAAAUGUUGGUAUCUGUAUUACUUAAUAAAUAUUUAUGGGGUAUAUUAAUAUACAAAUAUUUACUGGGUUGAGAGGCAUGGUUUAAAUUAUAGCCCUUGGUGAUCUGCAGGCUGUAGUCUGUCCCUCUACUUUGUCACAGGACAUAGUACAGCUUCUGGAUCAGUUUGGGCUAUAAUUUGAACCAUGCUCCUCAACCCUAUAAAUAUAUGUAUGCUACUAUGACCCGAUUAAAUUCCCAGUAAAUAUUUUGUUUUAUAUACCACUACAUAGAUUGUAGGCAUAUUGACAUACUGUAAGGCAUGGCUAGAAAUAUUCUGCAGCUUUUAACCAAUCAAAUGCCUGGAAUCUAUGUAGUCUAUAUAAUAGUAACUGUAUUUCAAUCAGAUAUGGAACAGAAAGAAGAAUUAAUUGAUGAUGCACUGACGAACAUUACAUUCUAAAAAUAUUACAAUUGACGGUGAAAAUGUGGUCAUUGACAGUUGUUGGCACCAUGUAUUAAAUAUGUCCAGAAAGAUCUGUAGGUAGAAUUAGAAUAACAAAUGCUAAUGGGUUUGAUCUUGGGUUUAUAAUUAACAGUAUAGUAACAAAAUAGUUAAACAGUAUGCUUCUCAGAUCAUUGCUUUUGUUAUUUAUUAUAAAAAAUUAUCCCAAAUUAUAUUGCUUUAUAAAAUAAUUCUUCAUAGAUGAUAAUUUUAUUCCAGUAGAUUGUUGUGUAUUGGAGGUAAACACAAUAACGUCUUUAUAUUUAUGUAUGUAAAGUAUUUACAUAUUUUAACAAACUUCAAGGCUAAUAUGUAAUAAUUUUGGGAAGAUCAUUUUGGUUAGAUAUAAAUGUUAACCAUUCAUUUUUUACUGUUUUUAGGAGCACCUAUUAUCUUGCCAGUAUAGUAGGUAUUAAUAAAUUAUCACUAGUACUUCCAUAUUAGGUCUUAAUAAAAGACAUACAGUAAUAAAGUCACAGAAUCCUCUACAACAUUUGCCAAUGAUAUAUUAUUUAUGAACAUAGCUUUUGGUAUAUUUUAUACUUGAAUUUGGGGAUUGUUUUUGUUUCUUUUUUUUUUAAUGCACCAUUAUAUAGUAUUUUUUUUUACAUAUUUUUUUUUCUAUUGACAAUUGAAAUUUUAGGAAUGAUUGUUUUUUUCAGAAGAUAUUGUCACUUUAAUUAUCUGAAGCAACUGUUUCACUGCACAGCAUAUUUGCAUUGGUUCAACUCAUUAUCACCAUGACAAAAUAAUGAUUCAAAAUAAAUUGUCUUUUGUUUUAGAUAUGUAUUUAUAGAAUAAGAAAAUUAUUUAAGAUAUCAUAUAUGAAUUUAUGAAGGCAUUAAGAUGUGCACAUGUAAUUAUAGUUUGUAGAAUGUCACAAAUUAUGAUUUAAUAUUUGAAGGAUAUCUUCACGUGCUUGCAAAAAUCUAAUUGUUACCUGUUAAAUGAAAAUAAUCGUGUUAUUGGAAUUUUAUCAGAAUGGUAAUAGUUGACUACAGUAUGUCUGACAAUACUGUAUGUAGUGUUACCAUCAAACAUUUUUUUUAUUGUUUUUGUUUUAUUCUAUUUAAAAUGUUCAGUUUACUAGAAAAUGAUAUGUGUAUGUGUGCAUUACAAUGUAUAUGUUGCCAGAAAGUUACAACUUUCUCUUGGAAAAGAUGAAUCUCUCAAAAAAUAAUUUUUGUUUUGUCAUAUACAGUGUAACAAUAAAGUGUGAAUGAGCAAAAUGAA